UUUAUACCCUUGGACUAUUGUCUUUUCCUCCCUCUGCUUCAUUCUCACCAUCAUGUUCCGUUCUCUACGUCUCGCCCCCCGCCUCCCUCUCCGCUCCGUGCGAUGGAACUCGACCGCCAGUCCGGCAUCGCCGCCUCUGAUGGGCAAGAUCCGCACCGAUCUCAAGGUUGCCAUGCGAGCCAAGGAUAAGGAUAGGUUGAAUGUUCUGCGCGCCCUCAUCUCCGAAACCAACAAUUCGGUCCGAACGGCGUCGCCCAUCCAAACCGACCUGCAGCUCUUGUCGCUGAUUCGGAAGCGCGCCGCCAAUGCGAAGGAGGCCUCGAAACAAUUCGCCGAAGCCGAGCGACCCGAUCUCCAGGAGAACGAGGACAAGCAGGUCGCCAUCCUGGAGGAAUAUGCCGGACAGGUGGAGACCAUGAGCCUCGACGAUGUCAAGCAAAUCGUCUCGCAGGAGAUCGCCAAGCUGCAGGAGGGAGGCAACAAGACGAAUGUUGGCCUGGUGCUGAAGGCUCUCUUCGCCCCGGGAGGUGCCCUGGAUGGCAAGCCCGCCGAGAGGUCAGAGGUUGCCAGGAUCGCUAAGGAGCUUGUCGCAGCUGCUUAGGACAUCCGGGCGAGAAAAAAAAUGUAUAUUAUCCACUUGUACUAUGUCAAUUGAUAUCCACUCUGCAUCUAGAGAUUUGCUGCGGGAUGAAUCAGACCCAGCGAGCUUCCAUUACGGGAAAUGAGAAGAGACGAACGAUAACGCCCAAAUAUUGC